AUGCACGCUUUCCUGUUCCCCCCACCCCGGCGCGACGGCGACCGCGACCGCGACUCGCUGCGUCCAUUCGCCGCGAGAUCGAGAUCGCUCGACCUGAACGAGCGCGGCGCGACGGUCCGCGUCUGCGGCGAGCACCGCGUCGAGCGAUGCGACAGAUGCGAUGUAAACUUUCUCGAAGGAAACGACGCGAGGCGACGCGCGCGAGACGCGAUCGCGACUUCUCGCGACGGCGGCUACGAUAAGAACGUCUACGAGCUCGACGAGUGCCUGACGCCGAUACGCGUGUGCGUCCCGCACGGCGACGACGUCUGCGAGGCGUGCGGCGUGGACUUCCGCGAGGCGAACCGCGACGCGCGCGCGAAGCGCGACCGGUCGAUCGAUCCCUACGGAUCGAACAUGACGAAGUGGCUGGAGUAUUCGAACGCGUGA